CCUCCUCUGCCAUUCCUCGGGCAGUGCGCGAGCAUCAGCACCACCAUUCGCACGAUUUCCAGGAUCGGGUCCUGCUACUAAAACGAGGCCAGGCCAACAUCUAAGCCGGAGCAGGUCAGCCGAGGCACAAGCGAAUCUGCCACAGAUUCUCGGGGCGGAGGAGGAGGAGGAGGAGGAGGAGGAGGAGGAGGAGGAGGAGGAGGAGGAGGAGGAGGAGGAGGAGGGAGGAGGAAGCAAGAGGGAGGAAACCUCUUACCCCCCCUCGGCGGCGCCGGGCCGCGCCCUGCCCCGGGCGCCCGGCGGGGCCAGGCGGGGGGGGUGCACGGCGGCGAUGCGUGGAGGUGCGGCACACGGCAGGUUCAGAUCAGAGGCGGCAUGGCCGGAAGCGGGUCCUGCGGCGGCCGCGUCAAAGGCCACGGAGACAUGCUGGACCCACGAAUCCGGAAAGGGAGAUAGGCAUGUGAAGCAUGGAAACGUUUCGAGACACCUGGAUUGGGCGAUGGGCAGUAGCAAUGAUGAAUACGCAGUACCCCGCAAUUGAGAGUGUGAAAACGGGAUGCAGGGAGUGCGUAUUGCAGCACCGUUGAUGCGCCUUCGGUUCGCACUAGUCAUCCUCGCCCAAUUCCGGACAGUCCUACGAGUUGAAUUCGGUUCAUGCACCCAGAUCGGCAAGCCUUACCAGCAGAGUUCCUGGCCACCGCGCCAACAAAAAAUAUAAGGGCGUCAGCUACGCGCCGACGCCGAUGAUUUGUGCAGAGGCAGGGCACAUCGCUGGCGCCCUCCGCAGCACGCGCCGCAGACCGAACCCUCGCGAGUCGGGACACCCCGAGGCUGGCACCACUGCGUCUACGGGCGGUGCCGCGCCAUGCAGGCCCCAAUAGUAUACGCCACCACCACCUCCAUUCCCUCUCCCUC